AAGUCCCAAAGACGAGUAAACAACCCCAACCAUGGUGUCCUAGUCAAACUUGCUCACUUUUACUCUUCCUUUAAAAACCCAAACCUUAUCUUCACACCAUUUAUUUCACAUCUCACCUCAUCUAUCUCCCAAUUCCUCAUGUUCAUGAAACACAAAAUGAACCUCUACCUCUCCAAACUUCUCAUCCUCUUUGCUAUCUUCACCCUCCUACACCUCAAAGCCAAUGGAGCCAAAUGCAACGUGGACGAUGAAGCAGGCCUAAUGGGCUUCAAAUCCGGUAUCAAAUCCGACCCAUCCGGCAUACUCAAGUCAUGGAUACCGGGUACGGAUUGCUGCACUUGGCAAGGAGUAACAUGCCUAUUCGAUGACAAACGGGUCACAAGCCUUUACCUAUCCGGAAACCCCGAAAACCCAAAAAGCUUCUUUUCGGGUACCAUUUCACCCUCCCUCUCAAAAAUCAAAAACCUUGAUGGAUUCUACCUCCUAAACCUGAAAAACAUUUCGGGUCCAUUCCCGGGUUUCCUCUUCAAACUACCCAAACUCCAAUUCAUCUACAUCGAAAACAACCAACUCUCGGGUCGGAUACCCGAAAACAUCGGAAACCUGACCCGGUUAGAUGUACUAAGUCUCACCGGAAACCGGUUCACCGGAACGAUCCCGAGUUCAGUGGGUGGGUUGACUCACCUGACUCAGCUCCAACUCGGUAACAACUCACUCACCGGAACGAUUCCGGCGACAAUUGCAAGGCUGAAGAAUCUGACGUAUCUCAGCCUCGAAGGGAACCAGUUUUCAGGUGCUAUACCGGAUUUCUUCUCCUCUUUCACCGACCUCGGGAUUCUCAGACUUUCCCGGAAUAAAUUUUCCGGGAAAAUCCCAGCUUCGAUUUCUACUCUCGCGCCGAAACUGAGGUACUUGGAGCUCGGGCACAAUCAACUUUCCGGGAAAAUCCCAGAUUUUCUCGGGAAAUUCAGAGCGUUAGAUACUCUCGACCUCUCGUCUAACCGAUUCUCAGGGACGGUGCCGGCGAGUUUCAAGAACCUGACGAAGAUUUUCAAUCUCAACCUCGCCAACAAUCUCCUCGUAGACCCAUUUCCCGAAAUGAACGUGAAAGGCAUCGAAUCAUUGGAUUUGUCGAACAACAUGUUCCAUUUGAAUCAAAUCCCGAAGUGGGUCACUUCAUCUCCGAUCAUCUUCUCGUUGAAGCUCGCACGGUGUGGGAUAAAGAUGAAGCUCGAUGAUUGGAAGCCUGCAGAGACGUACUUCUAUGACUUCAUUGAUCUUUCUGGGAAUGAGAUUUCAGGGAGUGCGGUUGGUUUGGUGAAUAGUACAGAGUAUUUGGUGGGGUUUUGGGGUUCUGGGAAUAAGUUGAAGUUUGAUUUUGAGAGAUUGAAAUUUGGGGAGAGGUUUAAGUAUUUGGAUUUGUCUCAUAAUUUGGUGUUUGGGAAAGUUCCUAAGAGUGUUGCUGGGCUUGAGAAGUUGAAUGUGAGCUACAAUCAUCUUUGUGGUGAGAUUCCAAAGACUAAGUUUCCAGCUAGUGCUUUUGUGGGGAAUGAUUGUUUGUGUGGUGCUCCUUUGCAGCCAUGCAAAAAAGCAUAGAGUUCUUCUCUUCUUCCACUUCUUGUUUUAGUUUUGUUGUUGCCCUUGUGUUUUGCAGGGUCAAUCAUGUCUGGUAAAUGGAAUAAAUUUAGUUUAAGACAGACAUAAUUGUGAUUAAGUUUAGUCUAAUAAAAGUUAUUUUUCCACUCA